AUGGCAGAUUACGUUUCGAAGACUCGAAACAGAGGUAGUCUCUUCUUCAUUCCCUUCCUUCCUGACUGCCUAGAAAACAUUGGAGAAAAGGUUCUGUAUGGCCCAAAUGCGCCACUUGUGUUGCGAGGUUUAACCUGCACACUCCCAGGAGGGCUGAAAACUGGAAUUAGAGGAAGAACAGGCAGUGGUAAAUCAACUCUCAUUCAGAUGCUCUUCCGAAUUGUUGAACCUUCAGCUGGUUAUAUUAUGAUAGAUGGCAUAAAUAUCUCAACCAUUGGACUGCAUGAUCUGCAGUCAAGGCUGAGCAUUAUUCCUCAAGAUCCAACAAUGUUUGAAGGCACAGUUCGAAGCAAUCUGGAUCCUCUUGAAGAAUACACAGAUGAACAGAUAUGGGAGGCUCUAGAUAGGUGCCAACUUGGGGAUAAAGUUAGGAAGAAGGACGGAAAGCUAGACUCCAGAGUUCUGGAGAAUGGAGAGAAUUGGAGUAUGGGUCAGAGGCAGCUGGUCUGUCUUGGGCGUGUACUACUUAAAAGAAGUAAGGUGUUGGUGCUCGAUGAAGCCACUGCAACUGUUGAUACAGCAACUGAUAAUCCAAUUCACAAUACUCUUCAGCAACACUUUUCUGACUGUCAUAUUACGAUUGCCCACAGGAUAACUUCUGUUCUUGACAGUGACAUGGUUCUACUUCCAAGUAACAGUCAAUAAGCCAUAUCCUUCCUUCGUUGUCUGGAUUUUGUAGAUAUAUGUAACACAUUUCAGUCUUGAUGCAGGCCUUAUUGAGGAAUAUGAUUCUCCAUCCAGAUUACUAGAAGACAAAUCUUCAUUAUUCGCACAGCUUGUAACAGAGUAUGCUAUGAGGUCAAAUUCCAAUUUUGAGAAGGCAAAGUGAUGAUUAGUGUACAAACCGCAAGUUUUAAUUGAUGAUAACAAUACCAAUAGCAUCAAGGCUCUUCAUAUAAUACCACAUCAACUUUCUCUUGUUGGAAUGUAACGUAUUCAUAAUCAUUGUAAACUUCAGUAGAUACCUAAUAAUGUAAUAUACAGCUGAAAUUUGUAUUAUUUCUGCUU